GGAGGACCGUGGACCUGAGCGCAGAAGAAGAAGCAGCAGCAUCAGUAGACUAAGAAGAAGAGUCAUCUUACGACACUUGCUCAUCACUGACAACCGCUCAGGAUUUCAAGCAUUCUUCCCCCUCACCUCGUCUGGCCUGACUGACCCACCAGCCGACCACCAUGAACUACCUCCGCCGGCGCCUGUCAGACAGCAGCUUUGUGGCCAACCUCCCCAACGGCUACAUGAUGGAUCUGCAGAGGCCGACCCCUCCGGGUUCAUCCACCUCCUCCCCCGCCUCCCCGGCCACAGAGAGACGGCAGCCCCCGAGUGCCCCGAGUCAGACUCAGAAUUCGGGUUCAGCCCCAGGCCCGGCUUUGGGUUCCACUGCGAGCCCAGGGAGCUUCCUCAGCUCAUUCUCCAGUGUGGUGAAGAGUGCUCAGAUGGCUCAGAACGUUGCUGCUGCUGCACACGCCAAAUCAGCUGCAACAGCUGCUGAAGGCACCUCAUCAGGAAACGGUCAGCCACCGAAGCCUGUGGUACGCAAACCCAAGAUCCUGCUGGUCAUCGACGAUCAGCACACAGACUGGGCCAAGUAUUUUCGAGGCAAGAAGCUGAACGGAGAGUAUGAGAUCCGGGUUGAGCAGGCUGAGUUCUCAGAGAUCAACCUGGCCUCCUACGUUAACUCGGGAUGUAUGGUGGACAUGCAGGUCAACAAAGGCGGCUCCAAAGUUGUCAGGUCCUUCAAGCCAGACUUUGUCCUGAUUCGCCAACACGCCUACAGCAUGAUCCCCGGUGAGGACUUCAGGAACCUCGUGAUCGGCCUGCAUUUCGGCGGCGUCCCUAGCGUCAAUUCUCUCUUCUCCAUCUACAACUUUUGCAGCAAACCCUGGGUGUUCUCUCAGAUGAUUAAACUCUACCACUCCCUCGGUCCAGAGAAAUUCCCCCUGAAUGAACAAACCUUCUAUCCAAACCACUCUCAGAUGGUUACAACUCCUACGUACCCUGUGGUGGUCAAGAUGGGGCAUGCCCACGCUGGUAUGGGAAAGAUCAAAGUUGAAAACCAACAGGACUUCCAGGACAUCACCAGCAUCGUGGCUCUGGCCGGGACCUACGCCACCACUGAGCCCUACGUCCAGUCCAAGUACGACAUCCGCAUCCAGAAGAUCGGCAGCAACUACAAGGCUUAUAUGAGAACAUCCAUUUCUGGGAACUGGAAGGCGAACACCGGCUCUGCCAUGUUGGAACAGAUCGCCAUGACAGACAGAUAUCGGAUGUGGGUGGACUCCUGCGCUGAGAUGUUUGGUGGCUUGGAUAUCUGUGCAGUGAAGGCCGUUCAUGGAAAAGACGGCAACGACUAUAUCAUAGAGGUGAUGGACAGCUCAAUGCCUCUGAUUGGUGAACACGCGGAGGAAGAUAAACAGCUGAUUACAGAGCUCGUCAUCAACAAGAUGGCCAAGGUGCUGCUGGGAGUUUCUACACCUCAGCCUUCCUCUGUCAAGACCACACAGCCCAGACGAGGGGGCCACCGCUCUGCUUCAGCAUCCCCAUCCCAGUCGGCACAGGGUUCCCCUCAGCGAGCCCGGUCCGCCACCACCUCACCAAGUCAGCCAUUGCAGCCGGGCCCAAUCCCCGCCUCUGGGCCUGGAUCCCAGAAACAGUCACCACAGCUGAACAAAUCCCAGUCGCUGACCAACACCUUCACAGAGACGUUACGAGGCAGCCUGACCGAUGACGAGGCCAAAGCUGAAACCAUCCGCAGCCUCCGACAGUCCUUUGCAAGCCUCUUCUCUGACUAACAACACCUUCCAGAAGCUUCCUCGUUCUGUCAAAUGUCAGGUCAAGAAAAAAUAUAACAACCUUGGCUGGUUAUCCUGUAAAGGAGUCUCCCUCCUCAAG